CUCUGAACGCGCAACGUCUUCUCUUUUAUCACAAUGAGGGUAUUCACACUAUUUCAUCUGGCUAUAUUCGUGUCUUCCGUGGUUAUCUCAAGAUAUGGGACCCGCCCCUCAAUUAAUGAAGCAGACAAUAGCAUUCGUGGCAUCACCAAAGCGGCAAAUGCCAUCGCAGGAAAAGCUUGCAACUCGAAGCAUAUAGGCGGGCCGCAACCAUGUACACGAAUACAUAUCGGCGACCACUCUCGACAACAUCCUGCAGGUCAAAAGUCCAGCCCGGUUCGAUCGACCUCCAGUGGUGUUAGAGUCAUGCGAUCCAAUGGCACUCAACAAGACGACGCGCUUUUCAGGCUUGCCCUACACGCACUGGACACGGAAGAUUCCAAAAGCAGAACGCUUAAAGGUUCAACUGCCAACACCAAAGGGCAUGAUAUGGUCCUCGAUGAAGCCAAAGUGUCAAGGACGACACAGAGUUGCCUUGAUACAUGUAUACUUCUCAGUCAAACCCAAUGCCUGACUAUCAGAAUCCUCCAACGGAAACAAUGCGAGAACAGUACCAUCAAGAAUGGGUGUGAGAAAGAAUGCACAAUCGACGUACAGUGAUCUCGGAAUCAUUGCUUCGGAGCGAUGUCCGAGUCGAAUAAAUCACGAUCAAACACGUUCUUAAAACACCGCAUCAAAGCACUAGAUCCGCAUAAAACAUUCUGGCUCAUGAAUAGAACGCCUUGAGUCCAUUUCGGGCACUGCGUCUGUCUUUGUUCGCUUCUAUCACUUCAUUCCAUAUGUGAGGAAAUGGC